GCCGGGAGCCGGGAGCUGGGAUUGCGAGGGAGCCGGGAGCGGUGGCAGCACGAUGGGGGCCUGUCUCGGGGUCUGCUCCCUGCUCAGCUGUGUGUCGUGCCUCUGCGGCUCUGCCCCGUGCCUGCUCUGCGGCUGCUGCCCCUCGGCCAAGAACUCCACCAUCUCCCGCCUCCUCUUCACCUUCUUCCUCUUCUUAGGCACCCUCGUGUCCAUCAUCAUGAUAAUCCCGGGCGUGGAGAAGGAGCUGCACAAGCUGCCCGGUUUCUGUGAGGGCAGUGGGUCGGUGCUGGGGGUCCAGACCAACGUGGACUGCAGCAGUUUCCUGGGGCACAAGGCCGUGUACCGCAUGGGCUUCGCCAUGGCCGCCUUCUUCUUCCUCUUCGCCGUGCUCACGGUGUGCGUGCGCAGCAGCAAGGACCCGCGGGCCGCCCUGCAGAACGGCUUCUGGUUCUUCAAGUUCCUGGUGCUGGUGGGGAUCACGGUGGGCGCCUUCUACAUCCCCGACGGUGCCUUCACCUCAGUCUGGUUCUACUUCGGUGUGGUCGGCUCCUUCCUCUUCAUCCUCAUCCAGCUGGUGCUCCUCAUCGACCUGGCGCACUCCUGGAGCCAGCGCUGGCUGCGCAACGUGGACGAGGGCAAUGCCAAGGGCUGGUACGCAGCCCUGUGCACCGUCACCUUCAUCUUCUACGCCGCCUCCAUCGCGGCCGUUGCGCUGCUCUACGUCUACUACACCAAGCCCGAGGGCUGCACGGAGGGCAAGGCCUUCGUCAGCAUCAACCUCAUCCUCUGCCUCCUCGUCUCGGUGGUGUCCAUCCUGCCCAAGAUCCAGGAGGCUCAGCCACACUCGGGGCUGCUGCAGGCGUCCCUCAUCACCCUCUACACCAUCUACGUCACCUGGUCUGCCCUGGCCAACGUGCCAACCCGGCGCUGUAACCCCACGCUGCUGCUGAGGAACAGCACUGGCUCAGCCACCGCCACCGAGCCUCCCACAACCUGGUGGGACGCGCCGAGCAUCGUGGGGCUGGUGAUCUUCAUCCUCUGCACCCUCUUCAUCAGCCUGCGCUCCUCGGACCACCCGCAGGUGAACAAGCUGAUGCUGACGGAGGAGAGCGGGGCCGGGGCCGGACCGGGAGCGGCGGAGGAGGGAGGGGCGCACCGAGCCUACGACAACGAGCAGGACGGUGUCUCCUACAACUACACCUUCUUCCACCUCUGCCUCCUCCUCGCCGCCCUCUAUAUCAUGAUGACCCUCACCAACUGGUACAGGCCGGAUGAGAGCUUGCAGGUGCUGAGGAGCCCCUGGACGGCCGUGUGGGUGAAGAUCUGCUCCAGCUGGGCCGGGCUCCUGCUCUACCUCUGGACCUUGGUGGCUCCGCUGGUGCUGCCGGACCGGGACUUCAGCUGAGGUGGCCCUGGACGUGCUGCUGCCAUCGUGGCUUUGUCCCUCAAGGCUGGGGACAGCCCCAGCUCUGCCUCAGCCUCAGUUCUGCGUGCAGGGGCUGCUGUGCUGGGUUGUGCCUUCUUGCAGCUCUUUUGUUUCAGUUUGUAAAGGAUGAAGUGCCAAGCAGAGAAAAUUAAGGGCUGAGAGAGACCUGAGGGUGUUUUUAGAAACCUCUCAUCAUCUCCGUGUUUGUGUAGUGCCUUUGGGGGUGCCUCCAGACCUUGUCACCCAGCAGACACCGCUGCCUUGCCUUGGGUUCGGUUCUCACCAGCUGUUGGUGCCUUUUGGGGUCUCUGGGGUCUGGCCGGGUGCAGGACCCGGGACCCAGCCGGCGUUGUGUCCCCAAACUGGAGGAAAAUCCUGGGCACACAGGUCCUGCUGCCUGCCAGCCUCGAGGGUGGCCCCAGCUGCUCGGGGCAGGUCGGUCCCCAUCCCCUCCGGGCCACAGCUCAGGUUUCCCCCGGGCUGCGCUGGCCUGGCCCCAGCUCUUUGCCUCGUUA